GCGCGAAAUCUCAAAGCCUGCAUUAGUUUGUGGAAGAGGCGGGAGGACGAGCUAUAACCCGAUAAACAUCGUGUGAAUGCGCUUUGGGAGAUUAAAAUCACAUUAACCACACGGACGUUUAAUUCCUAACAUCUGUAGUGGAUGUAAGAAGAUAGGAAAACGCCGGUAAAGUGUGUGUUUUUCGCUAAAACCGGAGCGAAUCGGGCAGACAAAGAUGAGCCUGGAGGUUUCUCAACAACAGGUGGAGGUUGUUCCUGCAGCGGCACAGACUGUAGCUGAGAGCGACUCUGACAGUGGGAUGGGGUCUCCGGCCGAAGAGAUGGUCCCAGAGAUGACACAGAAAACACAGGAGCAGCCAGCAGAUUCUGAAGAGGACGAGGACAUUGGCGCUCACAGAAAACCGCGUCGUCAGGCCUUAAGAGACAGCGACAGUGAAGAGGAGACUCCAGACUCCAGUGUUCAAAUGGCCGAAGCUCUGAUGCUCUCUGCCUCGAGUGACGAGGACAACAUGGAGACCGGAGGGAGGGAUGAAAUGAAAGAGAAAAGUGUGAAGAAAAGGCACAGAAUCAACCGCGCUCCUGUGGACAGCGAAGACGAGGAGGAGACUGAGGGGGGUAGCAUUGAGGCCAAACCCAAGAAGGACAAAAAUAAACGAGACAAAAGUCAGAGGCACAAAGAGAAGAAGGAGAAGAGAAGUAAAGCUGUGGAGAAAGUGAAGAAGAAGAGAAGGGAGAGAGGGACAGAGGAGGAUGAGGAGGCGCUAUCUCAGCCCCGUCUGAAUGACAGUGGGUUUCCUCUGGGAGACACGGAACUGUUUGACACCGGGCUCAAUGAAGACGAGGAGGAGGAGUCUCUAGAUGCCAUCAGAGCUGCUGCCAAGAGCAAGCUCAAAAAACACAAGGAAUCCUGUUUUCUUGAUGAAGUGGAGGGAGAGAAAGAGGAGGGGUCAACGGAGAAGCCCCACAGAGUGGAGCGAAAGGCAGCGCGUGCGAGUAAAGACGCCAUGAGGCAGCUCCACAGUGAGUCCCAGAGGCUCGUCAGAGAGUCCACCCUGGGUUUGCCGUACCACAUCCCUGAACCUAAAACCAUAGACCAGUUUUUUAAGAAGAGAGCCCGACCUGAGGGACCAGCUAUGGCUCUGCUAAAAUCUACUAAAUAUUCUGCCAUGAUGUUGGACCCUCCUCCUCCCACAUCUGAACCAGUCCAAACCUCCACUGACCUUCACCCCUCAAACCCAAAUUUAGACCUGCCCCAGCCCAGCGCCACCUCCUCUCCACAAAAAGACACUCUCUCUCAGCCACAAGAACAUCCAAUGCCCCCCUCAACAGCCUCCACAGCCAGCCUGGAGGAAGACCAAGCAUCCACACCUAUGCUUUUUCUUUCGGAGAGCUUACAAGAAGAUGUUAAAACUGCAGAGGAAGAAGCGAAUGAAAGUCAAAAUAAUGCAAUAUCGAUAUCGUUGGUUGGGGAGAGGGAGGUUUUGAUGGAGGCUUGUGUGGAGGAGGGGAAGAAGGAUGAGACGGUGGAAGUGAAGCCCAAAAAGGAUAAGCUGACGCGGUUAAGAGAGCUGGGCCUGGAGCCUCCUCCUGUGGUCAAACUGUGUCCAGACGAAGGAGCGUUUGUGCAUCUGGAUCCACCUCAACCAAACUCUGGUGUGGAGCUGUUGAAGGCGCGUUACCUGCGUCAUGUCAAAGCUCCGGUGCAGCCUAAGAAAGAGUGCCCCCUGCAGGUGAACAUUGUGAGGAAGGAGAUUAGGGCAUCAGGGAAAGAGGAGCUGCUCUCGGAGACGGUGACUGUAACAGUGAAGGAGGCAGAGGAAAAGCCAACUCCCUCCAAACCAGGAGUGAAGCUGUUGUCUCUUAAGGAGCGUCUGCAGAUGGCGAUGGCCCAGAGGAGGAAAGAGGAGAGAGCCAGAAAAGCAGAACUGAACCGACUGGACAACGAAGAGGACGCAGAAGACGAGGAGGAAGAGGAGGAGAUGACCGACUCAGAGGAAGAGGGAGUGGAUGACCUGUUGGGGGGAGAUGAUGGAGCGGAAGAGGAGGAGGGGGAGGAUGGGAGUGUGGUGCCCAGCAUCAGGAGCCAGUCUCCAUCUGGUCUGUGCAGAGCUCCACCGACUCCUGAGCUCCUCAACACCGACGGAACUCUGCUGCUGUUCCCUGGAAACUCCUGCUCACGAACCGGUGAUGGUUUCAGAAGACCAGGUGUCUCUGGACAAGACAGCAGCAGUAAAAUCGAGGAGGAGGACUCUUCGUCUCUGAUGAAGGACAGUAGUCACAACAGCAGUUUUGAGCUUCCUGGUUCGAUGCUCACAUCGUAUCAGCCUGUGAACCGCAGCGCCCCCAGAGGCCUGUGCACAUCAGUGUUCCGAUCGCCCUCGCCCUCUCCGUUCAGACCCAGCUUCCUCGGUUCUGCAUCUAAAAGUUCCGGUAAACUGUCAGAGCCCUCCUUGUGUUUACCUGUUGAGGACUCCCAGGACCUAUAUGCGCCGCCCUCCCCUGAUACUGACUCAGGCCCACUCGGAGGUGAGUUGUCUGGGCCAAAUCUGUGCGGAGGGUCCCUGGGUCGCUUCUCCCUGGAUGACGAACCGCACUCGCAGCUGCUGGACGCUGACGGAUUCCUAAACGUCGGCCCCCGAGUCGGCGCGCCACGAUCCCACAAACGACAACUGAUCCUCGGAAGUCUGGAUGAGAAUGCCAUGGAUGCCAACAUGGGGGAGCUAAUGGGGUUGUGUUCAGGGACGUUUGCAGGAGAAGAGGAGGAGGACAGAUUGGGAGAAGGAGGAGAGGAUGAACUCAUGGGGCUGUGUUCAGGGGCCUUCCCGCAAACGCAGGCUGAAGACGGAGAGGUGAAAUCGGGCAAAAAGGAGGAGAGCGAAGAGGGGGAGAUGGAGCAACUCUUGGGUCUCUGCUCUGGAAAGUUCCCCAGUCAAAGUCCCCAGAAAGCAUCACCAGACAAAAACAGCGUCGACAAACCAGAACAGAAGCAAGAAGAUGAAGAAGAAGAGGAAAAUUAUGAGUUCAAGUUUCUGUCUGAUGAAGAGAGUCAAACCGGCAAGAACGAUGAAGAGGAGGAGGAUGGAGAUGGAGAGAGCAGCAGCAGCAGCGGAGGAGAGGAGGAGGAGGAGGAAGAGGAGGAUGAGAACCAUGAGGUGGAGGAGGAGGAGAUGGAGGCCGUGUUUGCUCCAAAGACAUCCAAAAAAAAGAAAAAAAUGCGGUUGGCGGAUUACUUGGAAUCGGAGGCGGAGCUCUCGGGGUCAGACAAGGGCAGUGAUGAUGAGGAUGAUGGAGAAGGAAGUGAAUAUGAAGAGGAAGAGCUACUAGAGGAACUGCCCUCAGACGAAGAGCUUCAAGACCAAGUCAACAAGAUUCACAUGAAGCGAGUGAUGGACGAUGACAAGCGCAGACUGAGGCUGUAUCAGGAGAGGUACUUAGCCCACGGAGACCUGCACUCGGACGGGCCGGGACGAGCUCGCCGCUUCAAGUGGAAAAACAUCGACGAUGGUUUCCUGAUGGACCGAGAGGGAGCAGAGGGAGGAGAGGAAGAGGGGGAGGAUGAAGAUGUGGAUCAGAGUGAAGUCCAGAGACAACGAGAGAGACUGGAGAGAGAACAGUGGCUCCGAGAACAGUCUGAGCAGAAAUCCAAAGGGAAACCGGCUGAUAUGGACGCAGAGGAGGAGAAGUUUGGAGAUGAGGAGAGUCGCUUCAUGAAACUGGCUAAAAAACUCACAAAGAAGAAACUGGAGAGAAAAGGUGCAUUUGAUUUGAUCCCUAAGAAAGAGUGCCCCCUGCAGGUGAACAUUGUGAGGAAGGAGAUUAGGGCAUCAGGGAAAGAGGAGCUGCUCUCGGAGACGGUGACUGUAACAGUGAAAGAGGCAGAGGAAAAGCCAACUCCCUCCAAACCAGGAGUGAAGCUGUUGUCUCUUAAGGAGCGUCUGCAGAUGGCGAUGGCCCAGAGGAGGAAAGAGGAGAGAGCCAGAAAAGCAGAACUGAACCGACUGGACAACGAAGAGGACGCAGAAGACGAGGAGGAAGAGGAGGAGAUGACCGACUCGGAGGAAGAGGGAGUGGAUGACCUGUUGGGGGGAGAUGAUGGAGCGGAAGAGGAGGAGGGGGAGGAUGGGAGUGUGGUGCCCAGCAUCAGGAGCCAGUCUCCAUCUGGUCUGUGCAGAGCUCCACUGACUCCUGAGCUCCUCAACACCGACGGAACUCUGCUGCUGUUCCCUGGAAACUCCUGCUCACGAACCGGUGAUGGUUUCAGAAGACCAGGUGUCUCUGGACAAGACAGCAGCAGUAAAAUCGAGGAGGAGGACUCUUCGUCUCUGAUGAAGGACAGUAGUCACAACAGCAGUUUUGAGCUUCCUGGUUCGAUGCUCACAUCUUAUCAGCCUGUGAACCGCAGCGCCCCCAGAGGCCUGUGCACAUCAGUGUUCCGAUCGCCCUCACCCUCUCCGUUCAGACCCAGCUUCCUCGGUUCUGCAUCUAAAAGUUCCGGUAAACUGUCAGAGCCCUCCUUGUGUUUACCUGUUGAGGACUCCCAGGACCUAUAUGCGCCGCCCUCCCCUGAUACUGACUCAGGCCCACUCGGAGGUGAGUUGUCUGGGCCAAAUCUGUGCGGAGGGUCCCUGGGUCGCUUCUCCCUGGAUGACGAACCGCACUCGCAGCUGCUGGACGCUGACGGAUUCCUAAACGUCGGCCCCCGAGUCGGCGCGCCACGAUCCCACAAACGACAACUGAUCCUCGGAAGUCUGGAUGAGAAUGCCAUGGAUGCCAACAUGGGGGAGCUAAUGGGGUUGUGUUCAGGGACGUUUGCAGGAGAAGAGGAGGAGGACAGAUUGGGAGAAGGAGGAGAGGAUGAACUCAUGGGGCUGUGUUCAGGGGCCUUCCCGCAAACGCAGGCUGAAGACGGAGAGGUGAAAUCGGGCAAAAAGGAGGAGAGCGAAGAGGGGGAGAUGGAGCAACUCUUGGGUCUCUGCUCUGGAAAGUUCCCCAGUCAAAGUCCCCAGAAAGCAUCACCAGACAAAAACAGCGUCGACAAACCAGAACAGAAGCAAGAAGAUGAAGAAGAAGAGGAAAAUUAUGAGUUCAAGUUUCUGUCUGAUGAAGAGAGUCAAACCGGCAAGAACGAUGAAGAGGAGGAGGAUGGAGAUGGAGAGAGCAGCAGCAGCAGCGGAGGAGAGGAGGAGGAGGAGGAAGAGGAGGAUGAGAACCAUGAGGUGGAGGAGGAGGAGAUGGAGGCCGUGUUUGCUCCAAAGACAUCCAAAAAAAAGAAAAAAAUGCGGUUGGCGGAUUACUUGGAAUCGGAGGCGGAGCUCUCGGGGUCAGACAAGGGCAGUGAUGAUGAGGAUGAUGGAGAAGGAAGUGAAUAUGAAGAGGAAGAGCUACUAGAGGAACUGCCCUCAGACGAAGAGCUUCAAGACCAAGUCAACAAGAUUCACAUGAAGCGAGUGAUGGACGAUGACAAGCGCAGACUGAGGCUGUAUCAGGAGAGGUACUUAGCCCACGGAGACCUGCACUCGGACGGGCCGGGACGAGCUCGCCGCUUCAAGUGGAAAAACAUCGACGAUGGUUUCCUGAUGGACCGAGAGGGAGCAGAGGGAGGAGAGGAAGAGGGGGAGGAUGAAGAUGUGGAUCAGAGUGAAGUCCAGAGACAACGAGAGAGACUGGAGAGAGAACAGUGGCUCCGAGAACAGUCUGAGCAGAAAUCCAAAGGGAAACCGGCUGAUAUGGACGCAGAGGAGGAGAAGUUUGGAGAUGAGGAGAGUCGCUUCAUGAAACUGGCUAAAAAACUCACAAAGAAGAAACUGGAGAGAAAAGAGCCCCCAGUGGUCGCCCCAGCUGAGAAAAAGUCCACUGUUGCCUUAAAUCCUUUCCAGACACCAACACAGAACCUACAGGUGAAGAGGGGCUCUCUGCUCAGCCAGCCCCAGUCCAUGCUCCACAAACUUGCCUCCAUCUCAGAAGGAAACCCUUUGGCUCCAAGGAACUCCAGAGGAUUCCUGUUCCAGACUCUGUCUCCAGAGAAGGAUGGAUCUACAGAUGACAAGAAACAGGUGAAGAAGCGCAGCGCGUCCAACAGUUUGAACUCGGCAUCUAAAAGAAUUUGUCGAGAAAACAAGCCGCCGCCUUCCUCCUCUCAUGGAUCUCAGAGAAGCGUCUUCAGUUUCUUGGGACACUGACACAAACCCACUGACCCACCAUUGUUGCCUGGUUUAAUCUCUACAUAAAAUUUAAUAGAAAAUACACAAGAGAUGUUUUUAUUUCAAGUCGACAUUUCAUUGUAGUUCAGUCUUCAUUUGAACUAAAAUCAUCUGGAGCUUCUGAAUGAAUUGGCCCUGAU